GAGUCGUGUUCGGUGUAUCGGCAGGCAGCACGCCGCCCCACUCGGAUAACUUACGCUCGCGAAACCAUCCCUUUUGUUUAUAACACUUGUUGUGCUCCCGGUUCAGUGUUAACUUUUAUAUUUAUCAAAUGUUAUACAAAGUUUUAGUCAUUUUUAAAAAUGUGGACAGUUCCAAAUAAAAGUGUCGUGAAGUGUUCCUAGAAAUACCGGCUCUGUCAUUCAUAUUGUUGUCAAGUACGAUUUAAGUGCAAAAAUCUGGGAUUUGAUUGACAAUGUUUUUUAACUCUGUACUCUACCGUUUUUGUGUAAUAUAAUAAAGAGAGUUGUGCAAGUUUAAAUCAUAGAGUAUUGUGGAGCGGGUCGGUGUUGCGCUGCGGUGGCAGUAUGAUGGACUGUCUGUGCCCCGCGCCGCGCACGCUGGCCUGCCGUGUCGUACUGCUCGACGAACGGGAACUCUUCCAUGAGUUGCAGGAUAACAAUACAGGACAAGCGCUGCUCGACGUUGUAUUUAAGCACCUUGACCUUCUGGAAACUGCUUAUUUUGGCCUCCGAUACGUCGAUCAAGAUAAUCAGACUCACUGGUUGGAUGCUGGCAAAAGACUUCGCCGACAGCUCCGAGGCACCGAUCCGCACACAUUCUAUUUUGGCGUAAAAUUUUAUGCAGCGGACCCUUGCAAGCUAUUGGAAGAAAUCACUAGGUACCAAAUAUUCCUCCAACUAAAGCAAGACGUGUUGCGCGGCCGACUUCCAGUAAACUUCGAUCUCGCCGCUGAACUUGCUGCCUACGUCUUACAAUCUGAGUUGGGCGAUUAUGACCCGCGGCGUCACGCGCCCGGCUACGUGUCCGAGUUUAGGCUGUUGGCACACCAGACGCCGGAGCUGGAGGCGCGAGCCGCUGAGAUACACCGCACACUCAUCGGAAUAUCGCCCGCGCAAGCUGAAUUGAGCUAUUUAGAUAAAGUGAAAUGGCUAGAUAUGUAUGGCGUAGAUUUACAUCCCGUUUUGGGCGAAGACAGCGUGGAAUAUUUCCUAGGAUUAGCGCCGAGCGGAUUGUUACUUCUACGAGGGAAGCACACCGUCGCUAAUUACUACUGGCCUCGAGUUUCCAAAUUAUAUUACAAGGGACGCUACUUUAUGCUUCGAGUGGCGGAUAAAAACAACGACACAUCGACAUACGGUUUUGAGUCGCCAACGCGAGCGGCGUGUCGGCAUCUCUGGCGGUGUUGCUCUGAUCACCACACGUUCUUCCGCCUGCAACAGACCUCGCCUGCGUCUGCUGACAUGUUCUCGCUAGGCUCAAGACUGAGGAAUAGCGGGCGCGGCGCGCGGCCUCGUCCGCCGCCCAGCUUCACGCGCACACCCUCGCGCCGCAACGCGCGCCCUCACACCUCACAUGCGUCCCUACAUGAUGUACCAAAACUAGAAGACUUGAGAAUAAAAGACUGCCCAGAAAUAAAACAACCUACCUCCGUACACCGGCCCAGCUCUUUACUCGUUAGGAUGAACGGUGAAGUGCCGGGAUGCGACGGUGUGAGUACCGGCGGGCCCGGGGGCUCGCCGCGCUCGACCCGGUCAGCGCCCGCGCGCCGCCCUGGUCUGUACUCCGCCUCGCCGACGGCAACGCGUCCGCCGCCUGCUCCUCGCCACCGCUCAGCCUCCGUGGACUCGCAGAGCUCCAAUGACUCAAGGUCUAAUAGAAAGCAUAAGCAUCGUUCACGAAGGCAACAAUCUGAUGCGGAGAGUGAACUGUCCCGCGGGUCGGGUCGCUCCGGCCGCCGACACCGCCGUCACCGGUCCCGGCACAAGCACGAGUCCGGCUCCGAGAGGGACGAUUCACAACCAGAUACCAAAGAAUAUGAACUGGUUGAUUCAGAAUCACAGUGGAAAGAAGUACUGCGACAGUCGUCAGUAGGCAACAGUGUUCAGGUGGCAAACGUUCGACGUUCGCAGCUGGAACCAGAUACUGGAACUCACCGUUCAUCUCAUAGGCAUAGAAAGCAUCGAAAGCACCGGUCUCGUUCCGGUUCUCCCAAUGACAAAAAGUGGCUGCCGAGUGAAGUGAAGCAACAUUUAGAGUUCUCGUUAGUUGAUACCACAGGCAUGACAGAAGAACAACUAAAAGAGAUACCUUACACAGUGGUGCAAACCAGUCAUGCACGCCAGACGAAGCUUCGUACAUCAUCAAAACACCGACAAGCCGAACACGGGUCACUCGCAAGGCGAGAAAAGAGUUCCUCCUCACACAAAUUAACGCUCGAUAGUCACAAUCAAGGCUCUCUUAGAUCUAUUUCAAGUACGCUCAGCUCACAAAGAAAUAGCAGCGAAAAACACAGCCGACGUAUUUACCCAAACUACGAUGAAACAAUCGGUCAGACUGAUGAUAUUUUCUUAUCAAACAAUGAAUACAAAGGGAACGUCACCCCGGCGUCGAUUAACAAUAACCCGUACAGUCCGGUGACGAACAGUAACAGCAAUAGUUCAAGCGGGGAACUGAUAUCGGGCAGCGCUAGAGUUUCUCAUGAGCACACCGACUCAGGACUGGGAGCUGACCAGGAUUAUGCUUACUCUUCUGAGAGGUCGAGCGACAGUGCCAAGUGUGGAGCGGGCGGCUCCGUGGCCCCAGUGAGUAAGCAGCGGCCGGGUGGCGGGGGCGGUCGAUCAGCGCGUGAGAUGGCGGGGGCCCGGGGCGCGGGGUACGGCCCGGCGUGCGGCACGGGGUACGGUGCAGGGUUCGGUUCGGGCAGCGGUGCGAGCGCACGCCGGCCGCCCGCCGCACCGCGCGCCGUUUCGGGAUCUCAACGCUCGCUGCUGUCCGUGGCCAGCGACAGCGCCACAGCACGCCGGCCGCGUGACCUCGCGCCCCGCUCCUACCAUUAUGCGCCGGAUGGGGGCUUUUCUCUCUUCGUUGCAGAGCAAUUGAACACUUCAAUGGACCCGUCGGGUACAGCGGACGCUCCGAGCAAGGCAUUCGGCAACGAAACCAAUCUCAGGGCCGCAGAGAUGAGCACUGAACUCUGAUUUGCGCCAAAAAUUAUAAUUUCUAAAUACUGCCACGGAUGUUAGAGUGAAUGGAAUACUCAUUAUAGUUAAAUUAUUCUGUAGCUUAAGAUCUUUGACGCCACGAUUUCCAGUUAGCUUAAAUUAUAAUUUUGGCAUUUUGUAUUGUGAAUAAAUGUAUGUUUAUUUCACAGUUUGUAAAUAUUUAUUGUACAUAAAUUGUUUUGACAUCAUUAUCUACUCAUGAAUUAUAUAAUAUUAUAAUCAAAAAUAAUUUUGAGGUCGACGUUACGGAAAUGUAAUAUCUUGUGCCAAAGAAUUUUCUACUAAAAUGUUUUUCAAAUCGAUACAUAAUGUAAUGUUUUAAGAACAUCUAAUUUAUUUUUAUUCAUUACUUUAUACAAAAUUGUAUUGAAGACAUGAAAUUAAAAAACUAAGCCUAAUUCUGGGCACUAACUACAACUCGUUCAUAGAAAAAUAUUAUUUAGAAUGUAAUAUCUUAUUAUAUUAUGUUCAUAGUCUGUUUCAAAACAAAAAGGCGAAUACUGAAAAAGCAUAUACAUGAUUAGUAAAAAAAAACAUUUUAUUACUCAGAAUUUUUUUUAUUAAUAAUUUUUAUAGCGUUACCAUCAAAAACGUAUUUUUUCAAAAUUUUAUUUGUAGCAUUGUUGUACCGUUGUUAUGUAGUUUAGUUUUAUAAAAUUGUUUUAAAACUAUUUUGAAUGGAAAACUACAAAUAAUAUUUUAUAUUCUACGAGAAUCUAAAUCAAUUUGUAUCUAAUAAUACAGACCGAAUUAAUAUUUUUGCACACCGAUGAUAACCGCAAUGUUUAAUAUUAUACUUAUCAUAAUUUCAUAUCAAUUGGUCGAAACAAUAAAAAUAACCAUUACACGCGAAAAUUUAUCUUAAACUGAUAAGAAAACACAAUUGAAACGGUAUGAAGCAAAUGGUAUCUUUAUAUUGAAGGUAAAUUUUCGGACCAAAGUCGCGUGGGAAAUAUGAGAAUGAAACCCACGUGUAAAGGAUUUCCGUCAUUAAUCCUAUACUUACACUUUUAUAUAAAAACCGCAUUUGUACAACGUGUUACGUUUGCAGCUAUCUGUUCAAUGAAAUACAAUAUUGCUUUGCAAGGACUGUAAAUAUUAGGACGUAAGCUUUCUUUACCAAUCAGCGUGUACAUAGAACAAAUACCAUUGUAUUAUGUAUAUAAAGUAAUAACCAAAUUGAACAUAGUUUUCCUUAACACAUCCAAGUUAAUACGCGAUAACAACAGUCGACUUCAAAGAUUAUUAAACUCACAGUAUUUAUACAUUGAAUAAAUGAUACAAAUAAAUGUUUGUAAUUUCAUAGAAUGAAUAAUGAAAGAAAUAUAUUAAAUUUAAAUGUUUCUGCUUAUUUAGCAUUACCUAUAAAUAAUUUGACAGCCAUAACUUUCAAUUAUUAUACGCGAUAAUUGUUUACAAGCAAGAAACAAUUAAAUUUAUAAUGUAAAAUAAUUUCAAUUAAGCAAUAACUUGGAGACCGAAUCAUUAAGUAGGUCAAAUGUUUUUAUACUGGGAAAGACUGAAAAUAGUUCACAUAAUUCCUCAUUAUCUCCGAUUUUUGUAAACAAUAACAUUUCGUACGUAUUUUUUCAAAACUGUUUCGAUUGUUCACAUUAAAACAAUCUAUUCCAAAA